AUGAUGUACGACGACAUCGCCAAUGAUCCCAGGAACCCGCAGAAGGGAAAGCUCUUCAACGCACCUGAUGGCCCAGAUGUCUACCAAGGAUUGAACAUUGACUAUAAAGACGAUUCGGUCACUCCAGAAAAUUUCCUUGCCGUUCUGAAAGGCGACAAAGAAGCUGUGAAGGGCGGAAACGGCCGUGUUAUCAACAGGCAAGCAUUGCUUAUUCAGAAAAUUUCCAAUCAAUUAUGA